CUCUCGUAUACAAACUGGCGGACGCCUCUCCGCACCGUCAGUGCAUCUCGGUGGGUCGCGCGCCGCUGAUCGUGUGCCGCCUCCCGCGCGCCCCUCCGCCGUGCCCCAGCCUCUCGACACGGAGCGAUCGGACGGUUAUCUGCCGCGCCCGCGCCGCCGUGGCCUCCCGCCAUAGGCCGCAGUCGGCCACUGGUGGAGAUCCCGUGCCGACCAAACCCGCUCCGCGCCCGCCGCCCUCGACAUGGAGGUCUACGUGGCACAGAUUCUCGGCAUCACCGCCAUCUUCUUCAUGACGACGACGAUCGGCGUGACGCCCGGCAUUCUGCUCAGGAGGAACUCCAAGUCUCUGGACACGAACUCGCCCGGGUUCCGGCUGAUGGUGAGCGUCGCCAACUCGCUGGCGUCUGGAGUAUUUCUCGACCUGUGUUUUCUCGGUUUGAUUCCGAUGGUGCAAGAUCUGUUCAAUAAGGUAUGGCAGGAACUGGAAACUGAAGUACACUACCCCGUCGGUGAGGCCAUUGUGCUGUGUGGAUUCUUUAUGAUCCUCACUGCGGAGAACUUUGCGAUCUGGCUGCAGAGUCGGCAGCCGAAGGGCAAGAGCUCCGGUCUGCGGGCUCUGAGUAUGGACGACAUUGCCGAGGUGGCGUCGCAGGUGCCCAGUCGGAGGGACUCCUUGCAGGAGAGUUCUGAGGCGCGGCCCGAGAAGCAGGCGCUGAACGGCGUGGAGCUGCAGCAGGUGGCCGUGGCCGCGGCGCCAGAGGACGACGGCGCCGCGCACGGACACAGCCACGGCGCCAUGUUCGAGGCCGAACACUCGGGACUGCGCUUCCUGAUGCUGCUGGCCGCCAUCAGCCUGCACUCGCUGUUCGAGGGCAUGGCGAUCGGCCUCCAGGUCUCACUCUCCACCCUGCUGAACCUGCUGUUGGCGAUUCUCAUCCAUGAGUCUCUGGUAGCGCUGGCCAUCGGUGUCAAGAUCGCGCAGCAGGGCGCCUCGUUCUGGCGCAGUCUGAAGCUCAUCUGCACGUUUACACUGAUGAUCCCCGUUGGAAUUGGGUUGGGUAUUGCGGUGGGGACAGCCACCGGUCUGAUUGGCAACGCUAUCUCUGGGACGUUCCAGGCGCUGGCCGCCGGAGUGUUUCUGCACGUGACUUUCAUGGAGCUGGUGCCCGACGAGCUCGAACACUCUCGUAACGCCUUCGUCAGCAUCGCCUGCAUGUUCCUCGGCUUCGCGGGAAUGUCACUGAUCGUUUACCUCACAGAGGGGUAAUAUCUCGCCAAAAGGUGGAUCGAGAUGUCAAGUUCCUGGCUUCAGGGAAGCAGCAUUGUUUUACGGUGACCAGAGAUGUCCACCGAAAUGUCAAUGCGACUUCAGAAAGGCACAGAUUAAUGAUAACCUUAACCCAUUAGGCACAUCGCUUCAUGAUCAAACAUCGAUAGACAAGUGCUUCAGUCGAUAAACUGCAUGCUCGUCGAGCACGUGAUCUCCGAGAUAUAUGCCAUGUCGCGAUUGCACGUGACAAGUGACGGGUUACGUAGCGCUAAAUGGGGGCCGCUGUGGAAGACCUGCAGGGAACCAUGCGACCUGCACGAGUAUGUGUGGUUCGUCCAUGAACCGUCCAUCGCAAAUGAUGCACAUAAAGUGAUGCUUAUUAUAGCAAGACUUUGGGCUUGCAUUGACGAUGACGAACUGAAUGCAUCGAUGUAGGUAUGUCUCGGACGACGGGGACCUGGGCAAAUGCGUCAGCGCCUGCUUCUAUCGAGUCCUGGUUAACCCGCGCGGGGCUGGGGGGUAAAUUUUACCCCCCCCUCGCGAAUUUUUGCGAUAUCUCAAAAACGGCGGCGCGCAGCGCCGCCAAACUUUCAGUACCUUUUUUUACAUCAAUUUGACACGUUCCCUGAAAAUUUGAGCGAUAUCCGUCGGAAAAUUGUUGAGAAAUUGACGUUUUAGUGACGUCAUGUUCGCCAUUUUCGCCUCAAAAACGGCAAAAGUUCAAACGCCGCUAACAUCUUCAUUUUUAAAGGAAUCAAGACGUAACAAAAAAGUUUAUACGUAAUUUUACUUUGUCUAUCAAAUGGCUAUCUCGGUUUUUUGAAAAGUUUGGAUUUUGGCCUAAAUUUUUUUCAAAAAACUGACUUUUUUGGGAAAAUCAUUAUAAAAUCCAAAAUUUUGAGUCUAUCGAAAAAACCGGAAUAUAUGUCAGAGAAGUGGUCUAUGUGCACCUACAUACCAAAUUUUAGAAGAAUCGGUUUAAAAAUGUGGGAGUUAUUUAAAAUUUUAUGACGUCACGACACACAAUUUUUUUGAAAAAAUGACUUUUUUUGGAAGUUCUAGACCUCGUACGGAAACAAAAAUAGCACCAUUCGAUUCGCCGUGAAAAACUGCAUCAGAUAGACACCUUUUUAGGCCUUAACAACCAACUUCAAAAUUUGACCUCACUUGACCUGACCUUGACCUGACCUCGACCUGAAAUUCAUCCAGAGGUGGUCCAUAUCACUUAUUGAGUGUGCCUAUUGAAUUCUAUGAGUAAAAUGACCCAUAAAACAUGUGUCGCACAUGCCCUUUUCUAUAUUUUGUUUUUUGGUGACCUGACCUGACCUGACCUGACCUUGACCUUGACCUCUGAAUGAUAUUGUAUGCAACGAAUAUUGUCUUGGUAGCCUAAGAACACGUUUUGGGCGAUCAGUCUCAGUCCAUGACUCCAUUCUUCGGCAACUACGGUGCAAGGCCGAUACUGUAGAAACUUGCAAUUUGUACCCUUGACCUGACCUUGACCUUGACCUCAAACUUUAAAUUAAGUACAUGUUUUUAGUAGUUCGUGAUGAGAGCUUUCGAUUGGCGUUUGAAUUUUCCAAAUCGGACCAUUAGUUCGGGAGAUAACAGGGGGGGGUAAAAUUUACCCCCCCCCAGCCCCGCGCGUUCGGCUGGAGACCCCAGCCCCGCGCGGGUUAAGUCACAGGGGUUGCUGAAAAUGUACGGAAGAGUGACUCCAUUGAGAUGGCGUCUUUAUCAUGUGGAAUGAGGUUGUGGCUACACUGUGGCAUUACCUCCGAAUCGAUGUCUUUUACGAAAUCCGAUCUACUGUUUGCUAUAUGAAAGUCGCUGUCGCUCGACGUUUGGGCCUCGCGGCUUCGCGUCAUGAACCGACAACGCUACUUGAGGAUCGAUUCGCACUGAAUUACUAACUAUGUUACUAUGUAACUAUGUAACUAUGUUAUAUGAAAUACCUAGUUGUGGCCUGUGUAUUUGUAGAUCAUAGCUCCUCGUUUGCAGAAAAAGCGUCUAGCCACAUUUUCAAUUCAGUAAAAUCGCCUGCUGCAGCCUUCUUCGCCGAGUUCGCUGUUGACUUUACGUUGUGCGUAUGUUGAUGACUAAGAUGUGUGCAAUGUUGAAUUUAUUACAUAUCAUGUACUGUUGCAUGAUCUGUGCCAAUACACUUGUUCAUACGCUAA